UCCGACAGAAACUGAUUGCAUGAGAAAGAGAGAGUAGUGCGCAUCGCGAAGCAGAACACUCGCCAGAGUCGCCACAUGUCUCACGAAGCCAUCGCGAAUCGCGGAGGAGAACACUCGCCACACGUCUCACGAAGCCAUCGCGAGAGAAAGUGAGCGCAUACUCGCACGAGGACCUUCCUGGAUGUACUUGACUGUAAAUAUGGCCGAACGUAAAUGCAUCUGACGGCAACUACGUCCAGAGCUCAGUCGAAAAAGUCGUGCUGGUAGUACGCACUGAUUGUGUGAGAGAAGACGGAGAGAGUGCGCUGAUUACAACCACACGAGGGAACGGAAUUGCUGUUGCCCGUCGAGCUGAGUGACAGUGGCUCUUUCCAUUCGCACCAACGGAUGGCAGUGUCUUGUGCAGGGAGCUGCGCCAUCCUAGUUGCGUUGGAUGGGGGGACCUAUCGCUCGACGCACAAUGUCGGCCGGUCGUUAUCGAGGGCCAGGGCUGUGACUGGCGGGAAAUCAAAUGGAAGGUGGGGAAGAAGCGGGCUUGAGGCAGGGGCGAUCAGUGGCUGGCUGGCCAGGUGGAGGGGCUUGAAAAGGGGGCGCAGAAAUGCAGGUGGCGGGUCAAUCUUCAUCAAGGCAGCCCCAAAAUGCCACGUGUACGAUGGAGAACAAUGGGUUGGAGGACGGUGGAUCGCGGCGGAUGUGAGCGAUGUCCGCCUUGCAGUCGUCCAGGGCCACGGUGGUCGUGCGCCCGAGGGUUUGUAUGGCUGUCACGGCUACCGGUCGCUAUCCGAUGUGGGCCGCGCAGGACCGGCAUCGACACUCGGUCACCGUACGCCUUGCCUUGUGGGACAACAGCGGCGAUCUCCGACCGUACAAGCGGUCGCAGGUUCGACGGUCGGGAUCGCAAGUCUCGGCUGGGAACGGACUGAGGAGGCUGUCGGGGCCCGGAAUCACCGGCCGCGGAAAAGUCGCCCUGUGGUGGCGGCAACGGGCGGGCCUGACUCCGUUGAAAUCGGGGAGGGGGAAGACGCGGGACUGCCGCGGGAUGAGGAGGAGGGACUCGCGGGAGAGACGGUAGAGGUGGGGAGGGAAGCCGUGGGACAAGCAAACAUAAAAGGAGCAGCAGACGGGAAGGAAGGCUGGAAGAUUGGAGGGGUUUGCCCGUGUAGUCGCUGCCUAGCGAGUCGGAGGUCCUUUAUUUCGGGUAUGGCGAAAGGCGCUAGCGUCGCCGCCACUUCAUCGUUGCCGGGGAUCCUGGCGAAGCCAGCGAAAGCCGAAUCUGGGGCACUUCUGAGUCAACCUUCAUGGUACCAGAAGCUCUUUGCUUACGUGCUCGCCAACUGCACGCCUGAGAAAAAGUUGGCGGAAUAUAGGAAGGAGUUGUUUCCGAAGCUGAACGCCCUUGAUGACCGCCUGGAGAUACUGGACCUAGGUGUUGGGCCCGGACAAAAUCUGAGAUACUACGCUGAGCUGGGAAAGGAGUUUCACAUUGUCGGCGUCGAUCCGAAUGCAUCAAUGAGGGAAUAUGCAUUUGCAACGGCCGCGGAAGUCGGAUUUCCAACCGAAAAGUUUCACUUCCUUCAAGGGGCCGGCGAGGAUAUCCCAAUGGAGGACAACUCGGUGGAUGUUGUAGUCUGCACUUGGGUGCUCUGCUCUGUCAUGGAUCCAGCCAAAACACUUGCAGAUGGAAAGCCAUUGCGAUGGCUGCAAAAUAUUCUUGAUCCUCUUCAAGCGCUUCUUGCUGAUGGCUGUCACCUCACAAGGGACACGCUUGUGACCAUCGAGGCGGCACAAUUCCAAUCUGUGGAUGUGAAGUCCUUCACCUUGGGAAGUGCUGGCCCUCUUGGCCCUCACAUCAUGGGAAUUGCGACACUUCCCUAGAGUAUCGCGAAGGCACAUCGACGAAUUUCAGCUAAGUACCCUGUCAAAGGGAGAGCGCCUACUUCGAAGAAAUGCAUCCUAUCGUUUGUUUAUAACUUUAUACUACUUUAUACACACUGCUCAUAUGAUCGCAUCACAUAACUACCAUCUCAAAUGAUUUCAUGUGAUUAUAUCAGUAUUAAUUUAGUGGUGUGACAUUAACUGUUUAGAUGAUAUGAUAUGAUGAUGCUAUUAAUAGACGAAGAAGGCCUCCCAUUUUGGGCUUGCUACGGUAUUAUAAGGUCCGAGAGAGGCUCAGUGCAUACAUUGACAGAUUAUAGAUUGCGUGAUAUGAUGCUAUUAAUAGUGUGUGCUGUUCAUUACGUUUCAUUUGGAUUUGAACACAGGCCUAUUUUUUUCAGCAGUCCAUGGGUGAACAACCAACUGAGCUAGGGCAACUCAUUGUGAAUAAACCUGGGGCCGGUCAGUUUGACAAUGAUGUCGGGUAGAUGUUGGCAAAAUUUCAUGAAAAUGCGCUUUUGCCUUGCUGUUUUAUAUGCUUUUUAUAUUUAUUUUUUUUGGAUUUUGUUUUGCAGUUAGUUAGUAUGGUCUCCACUCUACGAAUUGGUGGCAGGUUUGAUUAAAAUGACCCCUUCGGUUUUCAUAUAAAUGGCAUGGCAAGCCCUUCCUUUUGCGCAGGGUACUAUGCAGUCUGAGAGCGGCUCAGUGCAUACUCGCAUGAGGAUUUCAAUGGAUGAAUCUGAAAGCAAUUUUGUAUUGUCUUGGAUGAAUCUGACCGCAAUUCCGUCCAGGAAUUAGUCAAAAAAAAGUGAUCACGUGCUCAUGCAAGAAUAGCAUCGGUGCAGUACGAGCUUCUCAUACUGCGUUUGAAUUCCAAGAGGUCCCCAAAGAGUCGCCGCUUUCAAACGAGGGAGCAUUCAGGAAGGGGUUUGAUUCUGGUCGAACCUUAUGGCGAUGUUCCAAGUCUUCAGUGGCUGUCAGCGCAACAGGCCAGCAUGGGUGCUCACACAUUUCCAGAAGACAAUUAUGUACAAUGCUUUAAAAACUGCCAGCGCAACAGACCAGCAGUGUUCAUGAUGCUAAUUGGCGAGUACACGAGGUUCGGUGGGAGAGAGUCGGCGGGCCCACAAAAUUUGUGUCCAGGCGAACCGGGUUCAGCAGCUGGGCGGGCAGCGCAUGUGAAAACGU